UAAACCUCGACGCAGGAGGCGGGGCGGCUCAGUCCUCGAGGCGUCGGUGCUCUGUGGUGUUGGAAUUUUGUUGCUUGUCGGCCUGUGCGCGCGUGCGCGGACAUGGCCUCAAACGACUAUACCCAACAAGCAACCCAAAGCUAUGGGGCCUACCCCACCCAGCCUGGGCAGGGCUAUUCCCAGCAGAGCAAUCAGCCCUAUGGACAGCAGAGUUACAGUGGUUACGGCCAGUCAGACACUUCAGGCUAUGGCCAGAGCAGCUACGGUUCUUCUUAUGGACAGACCCAGAACACAGGCUAUGGCACUCAGUCAGCUCCCCAGGGAUAUGGCUCAACUGGUGGCUAUGGCAGUAGCCAGAGUUCUCAGUCAUCUUAUGGGCAACAGUCCUCUUAUCCUGGCUAUGGCCAGCAGCCAGCUCCUAGCAGCACCUCGGGAAGUUAUGGUAGUGGUUCUCAGAGCAGCGGCUACGGGCAGCCCCAGAGUGGGGGCUAUGGCCAGCAGUCUGGCUAUAGUGGACAGCAGCAAGGCUAUGGACAGCAGCAAAGCUCCUAUAAUCCCCCUCAAGGCUAUGGACAGCAGAACCAGUACAACAGUAGCAGUGGAGGUGGUGGCGGAGGGGGUGGUGGAGGUAACUACGGCCAAGAUCAGUCCUCCAUGAGUGGUGGCAGCGGCGGUUAUGGCAAUCAGGACCAGAGUGGUGGUGGCGGUGGCUACGGGGGAGGCCAGCAGGACCGUGGGGGCCGCGGCCGGGGCGGUGGCGGUGGUUACAACCGUAGCAGCGGUGGCUAUGAACCCAGAGGUCGUGGAGGUGGCCGUGGAGGCAGAGGCGGCAUGGGCGGAAGUGACCGUGGUGGCUUCAAUAAAUUUGGUGGCCCUCGGGACCAAGGAUCACGUCAUGACUCUGCAGAACAGGAUAAUUCAGACAACAACACCAUCUUCGUGCAGGGCUUGGGCGAAAAUGUUACAAUUGAGUCUGUGGCUGAUUACUUCAAGCAGAUUGGUAUUAUUAAGACAAAUAAGAAAACAGGACAGCCCAUGAUUAAUCUGUACACAGACAGGGAAACCGGCAAGCUGAAGGGAGAGGCAACAGUGUCGUUUGAUGACCCACCAUCUGCUAAAGCAGCUAUUGACUGGUUUGAUGGUAAAGAAUUCUCUGGGAAUCCUAUCAAGGUCUCAUUUGCUACUCGGCGAGCAGACUUCAAUCGGGGCGGUGGCAAUGGUCGUGGAGGCCGAGGGCGAGGAGGACCUAUGGGCCGUGGAGGCUACGGAGGUGGUGGCAGUGGUGGCGGUGGCCGGGGAGGAUUCCCUAGUGGAGGUGGUGGUGGCGGUGGCCAGCAGCGAGCUGGUGACUGGAAGUGUCCUAAUCCUAUAUGUGAGAACAUGAACUUCUCCUGGAGGAAUGAAUGCAACCAGUGUAAGGCCCCUAAACCAGAUGGCCCAGGAGGGGGACCAGGAGGCUCUCAUAUGGGGGGUAACUAUGGAGAUGAUCGUCGUGGUGGAAGAGGAGGCUAUGAUCGGGGCGGCUACCGAGGCCGAGGCGGGGACCGUGGGGGCUUCCGAGGGGGCCGGGGUGGUGGGGACAGAGGUGGCUUUGGCCCUGGCAAGAUGGACUCCAGGGGUGAGCACAGACAGGAUCGCAGGGAGAGGCCGUAUUAGCUUGGCUCCUGAGGUUCUGCAACAGUUUUUCUUCUUGUACCCAGUGUUACCCUCAUUAUUUUGUAACCUUCCAACUCCUGAUCACCCACGGGUUUUUUGUGUCGGACUAUGUAAUUGUAACCGUACCUCUGGUUCCCAUUAAAAACCAUCGUUUUAGUUAAA